GUUGAGGGCGUGGCUCUCUGUAUUUCUAUCCUGCGGUCGUUACUAAAGUUGGUAUAACUAGAGAAGCAAGCUGAUGGGGGUGUCUAACUCGGUGUUAUGGUGUGUUUGACCCUGAAUAAAUUUUACGCUGGAAUAUCCCUUUAAGUUACAGAGGUGAGGAGAAGAGAGCAGAGAGAGGAGGAAGCAGGUGUGUGUUAGUAAAACAGAGGGAUUGAUUGAACGAGUGGAUAGAGUCUGUGGCUAUAACAGGCUCAAAUCAGCUAGUGACUGAAUUCAUCAGGUAUUUAAGACAAUAACAGUGUAAGUAAUCUUAAAGUUCAGUAUUUAAUCACGAUAAACAGGGACAUAAUCAGCAUCGCCUCCUCUAAACACUUCUUUGACAUCAUUUAUUAACAAUAGAUCAGAUCUUUAUAAAGCCACUGACUGGUGCUUUAAUACAGCAAUAUCAAUAGUAUAUUAUACAGUCUUUAAUCGCACUAUGACAGUGUGUUUAUUCAGAUAUAUCUCUCUUUUCUAGGUGGGCUUUGCUGGGUUAGAUCAGGUCUGUUUUUGGGGAUUAGCUGGUUUGGCUUUAGCGGUUUAAAAAUCACACAUCACAUGUUCCAGGACAGAUUUACGACCAUUUUAACUCUUUUAAUGUUCCAGGGGAGAUUUACGUCCAUUUUGACUCUUUUCAUGCUCUAUAACCUCUUCUGUUGUCGGUGUUGUCUCUAAAACGAGGAUCGGAAGUUUUACAUUUAGCCUCGAAGCUACAAACACUGACCCCGUUUUACCCAACGACAGCAUCCGGACGAAGCUAACUAGCAUUAGCUCGGCUACACAGAGAGGUUUCCGAACCCAGAAUGGACCCGGUACCGAGUCCACCUGUGAGUAAAGAGGAGGGUUAGAGUUUCACCUGUUCUCAGUGAGUCCCUCAGGUCAUCCAGGCUUGGGCAUGGCAGUCUCUCUCUCUGUCUCUGUCUCUGUCUCACACAGACCCCACAGUCUCCUGUCAGCAGCUGUUUACUCUGAUCAGCUGGUUGGUUAGCAGCUCUGGGUCCGAGACAUCAGAGAGGAAACACGUCAAAUAAUCCUCUAAAAGAGCCGCCUUCCUUCAGAGGAGCCUGCUGACUUUAACACGGGGGAAUAAAACAACAUUUAUAAGGCUUUCGAACCGGGUUAACUGCUCACUUCAUGCCGUAAAACAAUAAAUAUUGAUGAGUCUUAAAACUAGAGUCAACGGUUAACUUUGGCUGCUGACCUGCAUCUGAAACACAAAGGCUACACUGCCCCCUACCGAUCAGGCCGAGGUACUGCAGCGGAAAAUACAGACUUCAUAGAGGAGCUCCUGUUUUUAUUCUGACAUUAUAAAUAAACUACGGCGGAGUAUUAGGGACACAUUAAGGGGAGAAAUAAGACUGCGAGAUUAAAGUCGUUAAUUUAAGAGAAUCAAGUCAUCAUAAAAUCAUAAUUCACAAGAAUUACGUACUAUGGAGUAUUAGGGCCACAUUAAGAUUCAAGUAAUUACUAACAGGAAUAAAGUCAUAAGAAAACCAUUAUUUACGAGAAUAAAGUUUUAAGUUAACAAAGUCAAGGAAAUGGCUGGAACUGGUCAUAUCAAUUUACUUCACUGGAUACGCUCCUGUUCAACUAUCAUAAACACCAUGUUUUCAGAGUAUUAUUGGUCAUUACGGUCUGUUGUACUUUUGUCAAACAUUCACUGUACAAAUAUGAAUAAUGGGAAGAAGGACAGAGUGGUUUCAGACAGAAGUUUAGUUUGAGUAUUUCCCACAGAGACACUGAACACACCCUGACAGAAGAGAGGAGGAGCGACUGAAAGACAAACAAGUUUAACAGACACUUUUCCAGAAAUGAAAGUGAAAGUUAGUCUGAGUGUGAGCAGAGCUGCAGUCGAGGAAAGUCUCCGUGUUUCUCCGUAAAGACCAAUUCAGCUGAAAUUCUCCUGUUCUUCUCAUCUCAUCAGCAGAGUCUCUGUUCAUCCCCGGUAAGUUCACAGACCUGCCAGGACAAAAUACACGGAGUUAGUUUGAAGCUCCGGACGCUGUCUUUAGUGUAAGGGGACACGGGGAGGGGGGUGGAGGUUAAACGGUUCAAAGACCCUGUGUGAGACACCCGUGUUAUUACAGAUAACUCACUUACUACUUGGUAUCAGCCGGUUGAAAUUAGGUCUAAAAAAACUAGAUGUUUAACAGCUGUCUAUUGCUCAGUGAGAAAACAUGAACAGGUCAGACAAGAAAGACUCGACAGGACAGAUGACGGUAAUGAUCCUCACAGGUGCGGUGUUUAUGGUAUUUAUAGAGGCUGGGAGGGACAAAGGGACACAAUCAAACAAUUCAGUGACUAAUAAACCAAAUUGAUGAAGACGAGUGGGAAAUAAAUAAUAAAAUAAACAUGAAGAAAAUCAGAGGUGUGGAAAAAAAAAACUGUCACUCAGCAGAGUUUGAGUUUCGAAUAAAUGAUCAAAUAUGAACUUAAGUGACAAAUUUUCCCUCACCUUUUCGUCCUCAGGUUGUAAAAAUGUCUGCUGCCAGCUCUCUGCUGACUGAAGAUCAGUUCCUGUGCUCCAUCUGUCUGGAUGUCUUCACCGAUCCUGUCGCCAUACCAUGUGGACACAACUUCUGUAAAUCCUGCAUCUCUGAACACUGGAAGACUAGCGCCUCCUGUCAGUGUCCAAACUGUAAAAAGGUUUUCAACCCAAAACCUGAGCUAUAUGUCAACACCCUCAUCUCUGAGAUGUCCGCUCAGUUCAGACAGUCAGCUCGUCAGGAAGCCAGCAGCAGCAGCUCAGAGCAACAAGUUUCCAAACCAGAAGAAGUUCCUUGUGAUGUCUGCACUGGAACCAAACUGAAGGCCCUCAAGUCCUGCCUGGUGUGUCUGGUCUCCUACUGUGAGAAUCACCUGGAGCCUCACCUGACAACACCGGGUCUGAAGAAACAUCAGCUGAUGGACCCUGUGGAGAACCUGGAAGGAAUGGUGUGUGAGAAGCACGACAGACUGCUGGAGCUCUUCUGUAAGAACGACCAGAUGUGUGUCUGCAUGCUCUGCUGUGUUACAGACCACAAGACCCAUGAUGUUGUUCCUCUGAGAGAAGAAUAUGAAGGAAAGAAGACCGAGCUGAGGAAGACAGAGGCUGAAAUUCAGCAGAUGAUCCAGGAGAGACGACUGAAGAUUGAAGAGCUCAAAGAGUCAGUGGAGCUCAGUGAUAAGAAUGCAGACAGAGAGAUGGCUGAAGGUGUGGAGGUCUUCACGGCUCUGAAAGAAUCUGUAGAGAGAAGCCAGGCCGAGUUCAUCGAUACCAUCAAAGAGAAGCAGAGAGAGACGGAGGAACAGGCUGAAGGCUUCAUCACAGAGCUGCAACAGGAAAUCUGUGAGCUGGAGAAGAGGAGCUCUGAGGUGGAGCAGCUCUCACGCUCUGAAGACCACCUCCACCUCCUCCAAAACUUCACCACCCUGAACACUGCUCCACCCACCAAGAACUGGACUGAAGUCCGAGUCCAUCCACCUUCAUAUGAGGGGACUGUGGUGAGAGCUGUGGACCAGCUGAAGGAGACGCUCAGGGAACUGAUGGAGAAGCUGUUUGAGGCCGAGCUGAAGAGAGUCCAGGAGUAUGAGGAGGAUGUGACACUUGAUCCUGAUACAGCACAACCUAAACUCAUCCUGUCUGAUGAUGGAAAACAAGUUUAUUGUGGUGAUGUGAAGAAGAAUCUACCAGACACUCCAGAGAGAUUUGAUCUUUGUGCUUGUGUUUUAGGAAAGCAGAGUUUGUCUUCAGGCAGAUUUUACUUUGAGGUUCAGGUCAAAGAGAAGACUGAGUGGGAUUUAGGAGUGGCCAGAGAGUCCAUCAACAGGAAGGGAAACAUCACUGCGUCUCCUCAGAAAGGUUUCUGGAUAAUUUUUUUGAGAAAUGAAAAUGAGUACAGCGCUUGUGCCGAUCCUUUGGUCCGUCUCUGUCUGCAGUCUGAUCCUGAGAAGGUGGGGGUGUUUGUAGACUAUGAGGAGGGUCUGGUCUCUUUUUAUGACGUUGAUGCUGCAGCUCUGAUCUACUCCUUCACCGGCUGCUCCUUCAAAGAGAAACUCUACCCAUACUUUUGUCCAGGUCUCAACCAAGCUGGUAAAAACUCGGCCCCUCUGAUCAUCUCUCCUGUCGACCAAAAAAUGAGUAAAGUAACUCCAGAGUUUGAGCAGGAAGAGUUUGAUGAGGAUUAAUGUUUGACAACGACCCAGUUAUCUGGAGAACAUGGACACAGGGGUCAAAGGUCACCUUAAACCCCUGAUUAUCAGCCUUGAUGUGUAUUAUCCUGUCUACAGCAGGUCCUCCUGCUGAAGACGAAAAGGUCUUUACAUGAGAUUAAAGUCUGAAGCUUUUGUUGAUGGAAAAAAGACUGAAAGAGACUCUCUGAGUCACAUUACACACAAACAUUAGAUUAUUAAAUCAACGUCUCAGUGCAGAGAAAGUUCCUCUUCACAAACUCCUGCAUUAACAGCCGCUCACUGUUAGAGUCCGAUUCUGAGCGUCUGCAGAGUUGUGGUAUUUAUCGUAGAGGAGGUGACCUGCUCAAGAUUUCUGGAGCUCCUGAAAACACUUACUCCUCUUUCUGAUGGAAAACUGAUUUUUAUUAUAAAUAAUGUUUGAAUGAGUUUUAAUCCACAUUUAUUCUGGGAUUAAAUCAGUGUAGAGUUUUAAGUUUCUUCAUGGAUGUGAUCGAAAAUCAACAUUUUCUCUCUUUAACUUUUCCUAAAUGUGUUUUUGUCACUUUAUUCUUUUUUUAAAAUUUUCAUCAGAGGUUUUGAUACUGGAACAAAUUACUGAUUAACUGAGUAUAUUAAAAAAUAUUUGUUUUCUUUCCUGAUUUUUUUAUGAAAUGCAAAGUUUGUGUGGUGUCUAAUGAGGAUAUUUUGAUCUACAUUAAUACAAUAAAAGAACUUUAUUGAUCGCUAAAGGGAAA